CUUUCCUAUUCUUGGUGGAAGUCAACUUGUUACCAUACCGUCACCCAUGAUGUAUCGAGGGAGGAUUCGAAUUUUAUAUAGCUCAGAGGGUUUAGGGUUUAACCUCUUUCUCAACCAACAGUCAACACCAUUACCAGCGGCAACACAACCCUAGCGACGACAACUACCACGAUCACUAGAAACCCUAAAGAGAUCAACAUGGUUUCCUCUGGUACUGAAAUCCUGGAUAAUUUAUCCCUUGCAACUUCUAAUGCUUCAUCUGAAACCAUUAACCUCAAAAAUCAAGUCCCAAAACAGGUCUCAGAACCCUCUAUCCACAACGAAACCCUGGAAGGUCAAAACCCAUAAGUUUUGCAUGUCCCUAGAAGCAAAGGAGAAGGCAAAGAGGAAGAAGAAGAAGGUGAAGAUGAUGAGGGAGAAUGUGGCCACGCCGACUACUAUGAACCAAUACUUCAGGCGGAGAAGGCCAUGGAGGAAGAGGCGGCCAAGGAAUUGGAGCGAGAAUCAGAUCGAGAAACCGCACCGAAGGAGGAUAAACAGGAAAGCUAGAGGGUUUUUUUUUUUUUUUUAAUUCAUGUUUUAUUCCCAAAUUUUGGAUAUUCAUAAUGACAACAUCUUGAGCAAGCUAAAGUGAAGAAAAUUUAGGGGGAGUUUCGGCGGUGUUAGAUUAUUAGAUCUUUAUUGAGGUAACUAAAACUAUAGAGAUCCCGAGCCUUUCAAGGUUUUGGCUAAGUGAAACAAUGGAGCAGGCCUUGUAGUCUAUUUUCAACAACCGAAUUAGCCUCUGCAACGAGUUGCCACGGCUUUGGCUGAGAGUAAUGGAAAACAGAGGAAAGCGGGAAGAAUAAAGGAUAGUAUGGAGAUUACAAAAUAAUUAUUACAAGGAUAGUAUGGAGAUUACAAAAUAUUGUAACGGCGGAUUUUAACGGAAAGCUAACUGAAGGGGGUUUUUGUCUCACGGUUGUAAUUUACCCUAUUUUUUUACAGGCAAUCAACUAUUUCUAUCUUUUAGGCGAAUUAAUCGAAAUUCGAAGUGCGAACUCAAAAAUGCUGCAGGGAAUCAGCAGAUUGGUGAUUUGGAGUUCGAUUUAUUAUAGAGACGAUAUGGGUUUCUCGAUUUCAAGUUUUCUCUCAGCCCCAUAUGAGUUGGGUUGCAGGCGCUGUUGAAAUUCCUGCCGGAAUUAGGAAGCUCAGAAAAAAAGGAAGGACCGAAGGAGAGGCCCUGGCCAUUGAUAUCGGUGGAGUGAAUGCUGGAAGUAAUUAUUAGACUGCUAUUGAUUUGUGUCUUCUUGUUGAACUCAACGUACUGUUUAUCGUUGUCGAUGAGAGGCUAUGGCAAAGCAAACCCAAACCAUAUUUCUUGAAGAAUGGCUGAAGAGCAAUAGCAGUAGUGGCAGCAGUAGGCCGUCUCCUCCUUCAUCUGCUCGAGCCAUCAUUCAAGCAUGGGCUGAACUCAGAGACGCCCUUCAACACCAAACCUUCCAAUCUAACCACAUCUUAUCACUCCAAACCCUCCUUAACUCCCAAACCUCUCUGCACGUCGCCGACCCGCAGGCAAAGCUUCUGCUCUCCAUUCUCUCCUCUCCCCAUAUAUCUCUCCCUCAGGAAUCCCAUCCCCUCUUUCUCAGGCUCCUCUACAUCUGGGCCAGGAAGUCCUCCAAACCCUCUCCGUCUCUCGUUGAGUCAACUGUUUCUUUUCUCUCCCGUUUUCUCUCUGCCCAGUUCGAUAGUGAGAAGAGUUAUUCGGUCGUCUGCGAAGCUAUUCUGCUUCUGGGUGCCUUGUCUUUGGUGCCUGUAUUGUCUAGAAGCUCUAAAGGAGUCUGCUUGGAGCUUUUAUGUAAGCUGUUGGAAGAUGAAUACCGAGUUAUCAGGUCGAGAGAGGAACUUGUCCCUGAGGUUCUUGCUGGAAUUGGGUACACUCUAUCUUCUACUGAUUCUGCUCAUUUUGGUAAAAUCUUGGAUUCUCUGUUUGGCAUUUGGAAUAAGAAUGGUGGUCCUUGUAGUCAUCUUUCCCACGGUCUUAUCAUUCUGCAUUUGAUGGAAUGGGUGGUUUCUGGUUCCAUUAGUUCACGGAAUUGGAGGAAAAUUGAAUUUCUUUGCCGAGAGAUUUUUGGGAUCUCUCACCCAAAUUAUGCUCCGUUUGCAGUGGUCAUGGCUGCAGCUGGAGUAUUGAGGGCUUUCAACAGGGCCGUUUCUAGUGGUAAUAGGCUGGAGAUCAGUGCGCAACACAGGGUUUCUGCUGAAGAAUGCAUUGAAGUUUUAGCUAGAAAUUUGGUCUCUAAAACAGGGGAUCUCCUAGACACGACUGUUGAUCCUAACAACCGUCUCCUCAUACAAUGUAUCUCCUUGGGAUUGUCUCGAAGUGGUUCAGUUUCUUUCCGUGCCCCUCUUCUUUUGUGUCUUGCAUCUGCGCUGCUGAUUGAGGUAUUCCCUUUACGAUAUUUCUAUGCAAAGAUCGCUGAAUAUCCACCUGGUUAUCCUGCUGGACUAAGGUUUAGUGAGAUUAAAGAACAUCUGAAUGGCGUUCUUUUUAAGGAAGCAGGUGCAAUAACUGGUGUCUUUUGCAACCAAUAUUCAUCUGCAGAUGAAGAGACCAAGAGGGUUGUGGAGAAUCUUAUAUGGAGCUACUGCCAUGAUAUGUACUCAGGGCACCGACAGGUUAAGUUGGUGCUUCGAAGUAAAGGAAAGGAGUUGAUUGAUGAUCUAGAGAAAAUUGCUGAGGCCGCUUUCCUUAUGGUUGUGGUCUUUGCGUCAGUAGUUACAAAACACCAUUUAAAAUCAAAACUUCCCCUGGAAGCACAAAUAGAGGCUUCAGUCAAGAUACUGGUUUCAUUCUCUUGUGUGGAGUACUUCAGGCGUAUACGGUUAGCAGAAUAUACUGAUACAAUCCGAGCAGUUGUCAAAACUGUUCAGGAGUAUGAUUCUGCUUGUGUCUCUUUUGUUGGCUCAAUGCCGUCUUAUGUUGAUUUGACAAAUCAAAAAGGCUCUUCUUUCUUGGGGAAAAUGGAAUAUAUUUGGUUGAAGGAUGAUGUGCAGACUGCUCGCAUCUUAUUUUAUCUGCGGGUUAUCCCUACGUGCAUGGAACGUGUUCCUGUUCUAUUGUUCAGGAAAUUGGUAGCUCCAGCCAUGUUCUUAUAUAUGGGACAUCAUAAUGGAAAAGUAGCUCGGGCUUCACAUUCAGUUUUUGUGGCUUUUGUAUCCUCUCGGAAGGAUUCUAAUCAGGAUGAUAGAACGUCAACAAAGGAGCAGCUUGUUUUCUAUUACAUUCAGAGAUCUCUAGAGGCAUAUCCUGCGAUCACCCCUUUCGAAGGAAUGGCUGCUGGUGUCGCUGCCUUAGUUCGGCAUCUUCCUGGUGGAAGUCCAUCGAUAUUUUACUGUAUCCAUAGUCUUGUUGAGAAAGCUUAUAGUCUCUGUAGAGAAGCCUUGGUUGAGGAUGCUAACAUAUGGAAGAAUUGGCAAGGAGAUUCGGAGUCCUGUAAGAAGGUUCUUGAGUUGCUUCUGCGCCUCAUUUCUCUAGUGGAUAUACAGGUGCUACCGAACCUAAUGAAGCUGUUAUCACAGUUUAUUGUCCAACUGCCAAAAGAUGGACAAGACAUGGUACUUGGUGAGAUAUAUUCACAGGUUGCAGAGUCCGAUGAUGUUACUCGGAAACCAACUUUAGUUUCAUGGCUACAGUCUCUUUCUUACCUAUGUUCUGAAGCUAGUAAUAGUACUGCAACCACUAGAGGGAUAGAAAGUGAAGUAAACUACACUGACAGGAACACAGACACCUUAAGCUUGAAUAGGAUCAGUUCACGAUUGUGAAACAUUUGGGUUCAUUUUGCCGAUAAGACAUUGUACCAUAAGAUGACACAUUGAAGAAAGAUCAGUUGAAUGGAAAUGCUUGUAAGAUUUGUGAUUUUA